AUGGGUUGUGACGAAGGGUCAAGUACAACCGAGUCCGUAGGCGACAUUGCAAAGUCCUCACUUUACCUUGCACUACAACAAGAUGAGAAUGGACUCCCUGGUGGCAUCCUCAUUACCAGCUGUGCUCAACAAGUGCUCCCCAACGUUUGGCUUGGAGGUUACAAGGCAUAUGAAGACGUCGACUUUUUACACAAGAACAAGAUUUCUGCCAUCCUAUCACUCGGCCAUUUCAAAGAUAAAUAUCCAUCUGGGCAAUUCAUCCAUAAGAUCAUUGCUGUUGCCGAUAAUCCAGAUGCCAACAUUGUUCAACACUUUCCAGCAGCCAUCGACUUUAUCGACGAAGCGUUAGCAGCCGACAGGCGGAUACUGGUGCAUUGUUUAGCCGGUGUGUCGAGGAGUCCUACCAUCGUGUCAGCCUAUCUCAUGAGCAAACGCCACAUUCAUCCUAAAGCAGCCCUCGCCAUCAUUAAGCAACAACGCCCUUUUGCAAAUCCAAAUCCAGGAUUCAUGGACCAAUUGAGACUAUUUAGAGAAAUGAAUUAUACAUUCGACCCUAGCAACCCAGCUUACGUUUCUUAUCACCAAGGACACCCACUUUUAUCGGAACAUGCCGGUCAUGAAGAUGAAUACAAAGAUACAUCAUGA